GCCACAGGAACCUCAACUCCCAGGGUAUGCGGGCAGGGGUGGGGGCUGGGGCACCCCAGGAAGCUCUGGGACCCCCAACAUGGGCAAGCAAGUCCUGCAAAUGGGCCCAAGUACACUCAAGACCCAACCCCAGGAAGUGCCAGGACCUGGGGGACUCGAUCCUGUUACUCCUGGGGAGCGUGAUCCUGUUGAAUGUUGGAAUGAAUGCGGUGAUGCUGCUCUGGCGUCAUUUGAAAGCCUCCCUCCGAAUACUGUUCCAUCACUUUUGGGAAAAAUACCGGCAACGAUGCCACCCAACCUGCAUCUGCUGCACCAUGGAUCCCAAGAGCCUAAUCCCUCGGGGCUCUCCCCAUACCCAUCAGCAUCAAACCUGCCUGGUGGACCCUUCUCACAGCCUGGACUGGGCCCCAGACACAGAUGAUGAGAAGGUCUCAAAGUGCCGAUGGCUGCCACCACAAUGUGGCCACUCUGGAGACCCAAAGAUCUCCCGUGGACUAUGGAAGCAGGGGAAAGGGUUGGUGCCCAAGGCAGAAAAGUUUACCCAUUCUCAGUCUGCUGGAGUGAGUACUACCCCACUCCUGCGCCCUGAGACCCUUUUCUACCCUGGCCAAAAGCCUCAAAGCUCAAGGAACAGUGAGGAAAUAGAGUCCCAAUCUGCCAGAUGCAUUCAGAAGCCAUGCCAGGUUUUCCUCUCCUCCUCUGUUCCUCAUCCCCCAGCUGGCCAUGUGGUAUAUGAUGCCAGAAAGAUGAAAGGCCCAAACUGCCAGUUGGGGGGAUUUGUGGAAGCUUUGUCCCUUUCCACAGGCGGAGGCUCUCUUCGAGAGCUCAGUGAGAAGGGCCAAAACCCAGUCUCCCAGACCCCGGAGAGGCCCUCCAAUCCGCCCACUUUCCCUGUUGACGACCCUGUGGAGCACAUAGAAUAUAGGAAGCAGAGAGCCAGCUUUCCUGAAGGAAGGAACAAGGGCACACUCUCCUGUAACUCCAAGUCCCGUACUGAUAAAGGUUAUUCUGAGAGGAAGAUUCUGCAUUCCCCAAAUUCUGCCUGUUUACAGUCUUCUGACUACCCCACUUUUUCCUGCCAUACUCCUUCCCGGUCACCCUGUUCUUCUGAAAUCCUCCUACCUGGCCAGAUUCAUUUGUACCAAAAACAGCCUUCAAAGGUUUUUGUAGAAACUAUUGAGGUUUCAAAGGGUGAUAAGGCUUGUGAUAUGCAGAAAUUACCAGAGGUCUCCACUGUCACUCAGAUCCAUUGCCCCCAAAGAUGGAACCAAAACUGGGGGUACAAGUCUAUGGAAAUGCCCAUGCAGAAUCGGUCAUCCCUCCAUCAGAUGCCUCUGAGCAAGGGAUCUGGUUUGGCGACAGGCCAUGUGGUCUUUGAUGCCAGGCAACUCAGACUAAACAAGGAACAAGCCAGAAGCUAUGUCCCCAGGGUUUCCUAAGGCCCUGAAACCCCUUUGACUGUUCCAAGGAAAGGCAGAAGGAAGACUGGGGAUACCAGUCCAUGACGAAGACUUGGGAGAAAAGCACAGCAAUAAAGGGACAGGUAUAAAAAGGAAACAGAUUUGCAUGGUGGUAUUCAGGUGCAGUGAAACCCCAAACCUGAUUAGUGUCUAUAAUCAGAGAAUUGUCUGGACCAGAUCUUUGAGGUAACUGCCCUUUCUUACACCUCUAUCUUAUUCGGAUCCUAUUAUGCAGCCAAAUGGCCUCUAUGGGGCUGAGGGAGGGAGGUGGCACAGAGGUGGAACACAUAGGACGAUAGGAUUUGGAGCUAGAGAGGACUUACAGAUAAUCUGAUGGAACUUCACGAUUUCAAAGUGAGGACUUGCCUAAGGUCACCCAUGUAAGUAGCAGAGCCAGAAUUUGAAGGUGGCUCUAUUGAUCUCAAAUUUAAAUCAAUUGGGUUGAACUAAAUGGCCAAUGAAGUCUUUUCCAGCUCUCAAAUUCUGUGAUUGUGUAAAAUACAAUGCUCUUUCAACUGCAUAGAUUAUCCUACAAUAAGGCCCAGUGAACUGAGCUCUGGGGUUGCUCUACUAUUAAAAAUACAGCACAGAGACCACCCUAAACGUAGAUUCUAUCAGUCCCUUCACCUGUCAAGGUCCAAGACUUUCUCUUCCCUUUCCCAAUUCUGGGCUCCAUCUGCUUCCUUUGAGAAGACAGAAUCCUCCAGCUGCCAUCCACAUUUCCUUAGGGCCUCUAGUUUAGUUCCGAGACAGAGAGGAGAAGAGUUGGGGAAAGAGCUCUGUGACCCUUCAUUAGAGGUCAGCUAUGGGGCUCAGUGGAUAAAAGUACUGGGCCAAGAGUCAGUAAGACCUAAGUUCAAAUUUGAACUUAGAUCUUUACUAGCUAUAUGGCCAUGAUCAAGUCAUUUGACGUCUCUGUCAGCUUAUUUUGCAAAAUGGGGAUGAUAACCUACCUCAUAGGGUUGUAGGGAGAACCAAAUGAGAUUUGCAAAGCACUAAGCAGAGCACCUGGCAACACUGUAGGUGCUUAAUAAGUGAUUGUUCCCUUCCCCCUUUUCUCUUCCUCCAAGACAGCAAAAUAUUUAUCUGGAUACUUAGACCCACAACAUAAGUCUUUAAUCUUGACUGAAGUGCCUAUUUAAUUCUCAGCUGCCUCUUCUCUAUGAGGCAUAGUACAAAAAUCCCUGGAUUCUGGAACCAGAAGACCUGAGUUAAAAUCCAGUCUCUGGUUCAACUUUAGGCAAGUCAUUUUCCCUACUUGUAAAAGAGAGAUUAUGGUCCAUUUUGUCUCUUGCCUAUUAUAAAUCUUAUGACCCAUAACAGAGAACCAAAGCCAGCCAAAGGAUUUUGCUCAAAGCUAGUAGGUGGUUUCUACCUGGAGUCCUUUGAAUAUAAAAGGACAGGAAAAUCAAGUCUUGUUCCUUGUCAAGUCUUUUGUUAACCAUUAAGUGUCAGGCACUCAGCUAAGUUCUAGGAAUGCAAAAAAAGGCAAAGCUAUUUUGCCAUCAAAAAGCAUCCAUUCUAGGGGCAGCUAGGUGGCACAGUGGACAGAGUACCAGCCCCGAAGUCAGGAAGACCUGAGAUCAAAUUUGACCUCAGACACUUAACACUUCCUGUGUGACCCUGGGCAAGUCACUUAACCCCAAUUGCUUCAGGGGGAGGGGAAGGCAUCCAUUCUAGUGCAGAGACAAGACAUAAAUAACCAGGUACAUACAAGAGCUGUACAGGGUAAAGGUAAUCUGGGUAGAGAAAGUACUACCAGCGGGGCACCACACCACUACCACAAAAAGCAAGUGGGAUUUGAACUUUCCCUGAAGACAACAGUGAUUUUCCUUUGUUGGGGGGUUCCCUUCGUUCUGUCCUUGUUUUCCCAUUUGCUGAGUUUCUGCUAUCAUCCUUCCAUUUUCUCAGUUCCAGUAGCCUAUCCCUUUACAAGCAUUGUCUCUUAGAUCUGUCUGUGAUACUAAUUUGGAUGGUUUACUCGGACUUCUGGUCAUCAAUGGUGAACAUCAAUUUCUGUUUCAGUAGCCUGAUUCUGCCUACCACUACUCUGCUUCUAAUAAUAUCCUAAUCUUUAUGUUCUCAUUACAAUUCACAGAGAGCUGUGUCUAGAUUAAAGAGUACCUAUUUGGAGCCCUGAACUCAGGCUGACCUUAUCCUCUCCUCUGAGCACAUUAUGGUCCUGACCUUUCCCAUCUGGUUUAGCUAGUUUACCACAAACACUUGCUUUUCUGUCAAAGCAUUGAAUUUAAAGGGACCUUUCUAGUGUGCCAAUUUUCUCUUAUCAAUAAAGACAACUUUCUAUAAUUUAAAACUCUUGGAAAAUUGCUUGGGACACUCAGAAAUUUUGACUUACCCAUGACCACACAUUUUGAGAAGCAUUUGAACCUGAUUCCAGGUUUGGUUCUCUAGAUCCAAAGAGGGAAACUGAGGCUGAGAAGUUUUCCUAGUUCUGACCAUGAUUAUAAUAGG